CGUACUUAAUGAAGCAGCAAGAGAACGCGCGCGCGCGCGCGCGAGAGGGAGAGGGAGAGAGAGAGAGAGCUCGAAACUUCCUUCGAUGGCUGACGGAGACAAACCUCUGGUAAUGAUUGCAGAGGCAUUCACAGAUCUCGCAGCUACCGUAAAUUCUGAAACCCUAGAUGUCAAGGUUGCGCCUUUCUCUCAUGCUUGUUCUCUCGUUUCUCCUCUUUUUGGUUCCUUGGGUAUCGCAUUCAAGUUCGCAGAGAUGGAUUACGUAGCAAAGGUUCGUGAUCUGGCUGAAGCGUCAAAGUCAAUUGAAACAUUACAAUCUUUACUGGAUCGGGACAUUGAGAACAAUUGUGUGAAGAAAGCUGGUAGUCAUUCGAGAAACCUUCUUAGAGUGAAGCGUGGAAUCGAUAUGGUCAGGGUUCUAUUUGAGCAAAUUCAAAUUUCAGAGGGAAACUCCUUGAAGGAUGCAGCUUCUGUGGCUUAUGCCAACGUUUUUGCUCCCCACCAUGGUUGGGCCAUCAGGAAAGCUGUUUCUGCUGGGAUGUAUGCUCUUCCUACGAAGGCACAGCUCUUGAAAAAGCUGAAUGAAGAUGAGGCCUCAGCAAUGGUUCGGAUGCAAAACUACGUUGUUGCUUCUGCACCUCUUAUUCAGUACAUCGACAAGCUAUUUCUUUCAAAGCAGUUGGGCAUAGACUGGUGAAGGUGAAGUUUUACAUGAUCUCAUCAGAUGGACCUUUGAUUUGGAUUCUUUAAUCUUUGUCACGGGGAACUUGGCUUCUGUUGCCACUGUUGUUGCUCAUGUAAACAAGUACAAAUUACACUUAUCUAUUACACUCAUGUAUUGGUCCUAAAAUGUUUUAUUUUUAACUUGACGCUGUUAUCUGACUAAUAGAAGGAACAACACUAUUUUGUAAAA